AUGUCUUCAAAUUUUGUGAUGAAAACUACUGUAGCUUUAGUUCAUGAUGAGUUUUCACAGUGGUGUCUUUUGAUCACUGUGCCUGUGGUUUCUUGGUGGGUGUUCAAGAGAUGGGUCAGACGAGGGCCACCAUUGCCACCAGGUCCUCUAGGGUUUCCUUUAGUUGGCAACCUUCCAAUCCUAGAAACAGAUCUUCAUCGUUGCUUUGCCAAAUUGGCUCAAACCUAUGGACCCAUCAUGAAACUCCAAUUGGGUCCCAAGCUAUGUGUGGUAGUGACUUCAUCCUCUUUAGCCAAAGAAGUUCUUAGAGACAAUGAUGCAAUUUUCGCCAACCACGAUCCGCCACUUGUCGCGACAACAAUGAGUUACGGUGGCAUUAACAUUGUUUGGAGCCAUAAUGAUCCACAGUGGCGUAUGAUGCGUAAGGCUUUUGUUCAUGAAUUGAUGAGUAACAAAAGCCUUGAAGCUUGUUACAGCCUAAGGAGAAAAGAGGUUAGGCAAAUGGUGAAAGAGGUGUAUUCUAAGAUUGGGACAUCUAUUAACAUUAGUGAGGUUGCGUCUUUCACAAUGCUCCACCUGAUUUUGAGUUUGUUGUGGGGUGAUGAUGCUUUGGAAGGAGAUGAGAAGAGUAGCAGUGAGGAAGAGAUCAGAAGUGUGAUAAAAGGGAAGAAGUUGUCUUCCCGGAUGGAUCAUAUCCUUGAUAUGGUUUUAAGUCGACGGCUUCAAAUGGAUAGGGAAGAAAGUGAUCAGGGAGCACAUCAAAAGAAGGAAAGGAAGGAUUUUCUACAGUUCCUCUUGGAGCUCAAGCAAAAAGAUGGCAAAGCUUCAUUAUUGACCAAGAUACAACUUAAGGCUGUACUCCAGGAUAUAGUCGCAGCUGGGACAGAUCCAACGUCAGCUACAGAGUGGACAAUGGCAGAAAUGAUGGAACAUCCUGAGAUAAUGAGAAAAGCCCAAGAAGAAUUAGAGCAAGUAGUUGGGAUGGAUAACAUAGUAGAAGAGUCUCACUUGCCCAAAUUGUCAUAUUUAAAUGCAGUGAUGAAAGAGUCUCUCAGGUUGCAUCCACCCUUCCCACUCAUGAUCCCACAUUGCCCAAGCCAAUCUUGCACAGUAGGAGGGUAUUCCAUUCCCAAGGGUACUAGUGUUUAUGUAAACGUGUGGGCAAUGCAUAGGGACCCUAAUGCAUGGGAGAAUCCUUUAACAUUCCAACCUGAAAGGUUCUUAAGUGAUGGUAAAAACUAUGAUUACAAAGGGAGCAACUUCGAUUACCUUCCUUUUGGCUCUGGAAGAAGGAUGUGUCCAGGAAUUCCCCUAGAAGAAAAGAUGUCAAUAUAUGUCUUGGCUUCUCUAUUGCAUUCAUUCAAGUGGCAAUUACCUGAUGAUGUAAAGCUUGAUUUCUCAGAGGAGUUUGGGAUUGUGCUGAAGAAAACAACACCACUUGUUCUCAUCCCAACUCCAAGAUUAUACAAUGUAAACCUCUACACUUGA